AUUAAAUAAGUAAUACAAACACACGAUGGGAGAUGAUAACGAGUCUAUGGAUAUGGGCGAAGGUGCAACUACUUCAUCAGCCCCACAAGGAGGAAUUGACGCCGCAGCGCAGUUGAGGGAGCGACGCCGACAGAAAAUCUUGGCGAAUCAAUCCUCCAGAAUGAAUAAGAUUAUGGGGGUGGCAUCCCCCUCGGAAGAUAAUAAGGAUCAACAGCAAAAUAGUGGUAGACCAGGUGAAGGAGACAAUUCGCUUGACGAAGUCCUAGAUUGGGCCACAUUAUCUCAUCCAGGAGAAAGGAUAGUGGAAGAAAAAGUGGACAAUGGAGUGUCAAUAAUUCGUAGAAGAAUAAACAUCGAAGAAUCAUCGUCGUCAUCGGCUGCAAAAAAUGAUAAUGACGUCUUAUCGACAACUAGUCAAAAAAAUGAGACCUUACCCAUUAUUACUACUGCAUCUACUAGUUCCAUGCGAUCAGCUUCAACGUCCAUUAAAAGUAACAGUACGAAACCAAAAGUUACAUUCGCCCCAUCCACAAAGCCCCCCAGCGACGACACACCAUCUCCUAGACAGCGUCCUGCGUAUGGAUUCAUGGCGCCUCAAGCCGAUGGAUCCACGCUUCAUCCGAAAUUGUCGUCCAAGACGUGUCGAGUCCUAAUCUUCUUCUUGGGCAUAUUCCUCUCCAUUUUCAAUACUAAAUAUUUCCUCAUGACAUUCUGCUCCUGGGAGCUAGCCGUCUUUAUAAUUAAUGGAUUUCCAAAUGAUGAGAACCCUUCGAGUAAUUUUAUCCUACUAAUUGCUCUUUUUGGCAUGAAGGAUGAACAAUUGCAAAAGUUUAAGUUUGUAUUUAAAUUGUUUAACACUCUGAUAACAGAUUUCUCUAUUUUAAUGGUCUCUACUUUAAUGUCGCGAGUAGUGCUUGAGAAUUGGUUGUCUACCUUAAAGUAACUUAACAGCUCUAAGUUUUGUGAUAGAAUUUAUCUAAUUUAAAGCGUGUCCAUGAGUGGUGAAAAGAGCGACAAUGUUACAAUCACAUUUCCAUUAGUACUACUACUUCAUCCACAACUUCCAGCAAUAAUUUAGAGAAACCAGUUAUAAUUAUUUUAAGGCAUUUACUUAAAAUUCAGAAUAAAUACGACAUAUGUCCCAUUUUGGUGUGAA